GUGGUGUGGCGGUGGUGAUGAUGGUUUGGGUCGUGUGGUGUCGUGGUUACAUUUCUCCUCGCCGCCGAAAACUUACCAACGAGAAGACAUACGCACAGCAAGUUUAAUUUUCCACUCUUCCCCUAAGGUAGACAUCAUGAAAGUAGUUGCCCAGAAACUUGGAUGCGCCAAGGCAUUUAAGAUGACCACAAGAAAUGUGACGAUCCUCUGUGAUCGACAAUAAAGUUGUGAUCGUGUCCAGCGUAGCCAGCACAGUUCCAAAUUGAGUGUGAGAUGAGGUUAGCAAACUAUAAACAACGGUCUCUGAAAUACGCGAUAAAAUUUAUGUGCGAAAUGUGAAGUGAAGUAACAUUACCACAUCUGUUAGAGUUUCAACAAGCCAAACUGCUUAACUGCAUAAUUUGCGUAAAUCAAUAUCCUGGUCCCUGAUGAACAUUUUCCUGUGUUAUAGAUACGAUCCUUUAAAGUUUACUUUACUCGAAAGCUCAAGACAAAUGUGAUUAAAAAGAAAGUGACGUCUAGACGCACGAAGUGACAGCAAGUGAAGGAAAACGGACACAAAAUCCAUUUAAAAAAACUGUUAACAUUUGCUACAUAAAUGAUUGAGUUUUACAACAACAAUAAUAACAACAACAACAACAACAAUAAUAACUACAAUAAAAUGGUGCAAGAUACGGACUUUCUGCAGUCUACGCACCCGUGUAACGGACGAUCAGAGGUGGGUGCUGCAGGCGGAGGUACUGGAGGCGGUGGUGGUAGUGGAGGUCCCGUCGGAGCCACCACGACGAUCAAGUGUGAGAAGACGUAUGAAGUGUGUGAGGGUUGUGGGCAGAAGAUCCACGAUCGUUUCCUGAUGAGAGUGGCUGACGCAAGCUGGCACGAACACUGCUUGGCCUGCAGCGAGUGCGGGGUCCUCCUCAGUCACUCCUGUUACUGUCGCAACGCCAAACUCUACUGCAAGGCGGACUAUGACAGAAAGUUUGGUGUGAAGUGUUCACGAUGUGGGGACCGGCUGCUGCCACGCGCAGAGGUGAUGAGGGUCCAGUCACAUGUGUUUCACCUGCAAUGCUUUGUUUGUGUGGUGUGCUGUCAACCCUUAGUGAAAGGUGCAGAGUUUGUUCUUCGAGGUGGACAACUCUUCUGUAAACAGGAAUUUGAGAAGGAGUUGUAUAUGAUGCAACAGGCCAGCCCAUCAGCUGAUGACUUAAUAGAUGAGAACAGUAGACCAAGAGAUGGAAGACGAGGACCAAAAAGGCCUAGAACAAUCCUCACUUCAACCCAAAGAAGACAGUUUAAAGCUUCAUUUGAAAUUAGUCCCAAACCAUGCAGAAAGGUGAGAGAGGCACUGGCAAAAGAAACAGGGUUGAGUGUUCGCGUGGUGCAAGUCUGGUUUCAAAAUCAACGAGCCAAAAUGAAGAAACUACAGAGGAAAGCAAAACAAGAAGCAGAUCAAAAGUCAUCAAGUGACAAGGACAAAGACAGCAAAGAUGAAAAAUCCAUCAAACAAGAACCUCCUUCUGGAGAUCAUAGUCAUUAUCUUGGUCUUAAUGGACUCAGCAUGCGAGAAGCUGGGGAUACAACUUACACACCUUCCAGUAGUCAGCCACUGAAUCCCAACAUUCCAUACUCACCUGAUGACACGUAUCCUACACAUUCUGGUGAGAGCUUUUGUAGCUCAGAUAUUUCAUUAGAUGACAGCACUAACUUCGAACAGCUGGAUGAAGGAGGAUCAGAUACUCUCUCUCUUCAGAACCUUGAUAUGCAGGCCCCACAUCCUCCACCUCCAUCAGAAGGUCUUCUGCCAAGCAUUGUACAAGUCAACCCCAUAGAUAAAUUAUAUCUGAUGCAGAAUUCGUAUUUCAGUACAGAACAGUGAACUAAUAGAAAGAACGAAAAGAUAAAAAUAAACUGUUUCUUGUCUUGGAUAACAGGGUCUCAAUAAUGAAAAGUCUUUACACUCAUGUAACUUGAAACACAAUAAAAGAAAGUAUACUUUGAAGUCUUAUAUAAUAAAGAAAUAAUGUUACCCCAUAUAACUGCCAGUAUUGAUUUAUCAUAACCUGUACUAACUCAAACAGGAAAUUUUACUCUGGCUUCAAGAAGUCAUGGGUUUUGGUGCAGGAUUGUGGAAUACUGACUGAUGAAAAUCAACUGUAAUUGUAAUACAGAUAUAAGAAUUAGAAUAUGAGCCAUUUUUGUCACUACUGUGAAACAAUCUGAAACAGCAAGAGCUUCCUGUUUAGUGAAAUGUGUGGCCUAUUCAAGCUCUAAAAAUGAAGUUCAAGUUCAGUUCUUUAUAACUUGAAGAAAAUGUAUUCUUUCGAUUUGUAUGUUAUUGUAAGUGCUGUAAAGUGUUUAUAACAGCAUAAUGCAGUGGAGCCCCCAAGGCUGACGUUGCUUGAUUUAAGGUUAUCCCUCAUGUAACACUCACCCUCAUUAAUCUCAAGAUUAUCAUUCCAGUGUUAAAUGGCUUCCAUUUAUGACAUUCCUCAAUUUAUUGUUCAAAUCUACUGGUCUCAAAAGAAAUCUGAAAUAGGGGUUUCACUGAAAUUCCUUUACUUAAAUUUCACAUUUAAAACCCACAAAAUACUUCUACAGAUUGACAUGCUUAAGGAGGAACCCUUAAAUGUUAGAACUGCAGAGUUCAUCUAUUUUCAAACAUGUAUUCCAAUCUUUAUACCAUAUACAAAAUUAAAGUAACAAAGUUGCCAAGCUUAUUGUCAAAAAUAUCUUAACAAUGAUGACCCAGUGCACCUUACCCUUGCCUAUUGCUGUAAUCAAUCUGGACUGCUAGGGGUAAGAUGACUGCAGAAGAUGGUGGACAUGGCUUAAUCUGAUGUACUAUCCAGCAUAUACCUGAUGGGACUAAUGGAAACCUUUUCUUCUUUAAAUAUGUUUAAAAAUUAUCUUUGGUGCAUGUCUGCUCUUUACACAGGGCCUACCUCCCAACUAAUAAUGCCAACAUAAUGGAAAUAAUAUCCAAGACAAGACCGCAGUAAUAUCUUAAGAGUAUAAGACUUUAAAACAGUUCAAUGAUUAUUGGAAUUUAUUUCCAUCACUUGGCUAACUGAAGACUGUGAAAUUAUAAUCAUCAAAUUGAUGCAAACUUAUCACCAUUAAAACCACAAUUUGAGUGAUUAAUACAAUAGCAGAAGUAAAAUAACUGCUGCCUCUGUCAAUUUGUAUCCCUGUUCAAUGAUCAGCUUGUGAGCUUGCAGAACAAUUGAGAAAGGCUACUUUCUUUGUUAACAUUUUAAAUGUAAAAAAAGAAGAAACAAGGGAGUUAAAAUCAAACUAUGAGUGAAGUUUCAGAUUCCAAGAAUAUGUGAACAUAGAUUAACUAUUUUGCUGCAUUUUACAUCUUUAGAAAGAAUUUUGUGGUACUGUGCUGCUCAUGAAAGAUUUCAGUGUGAAUACAGACAUGUGAAACAAAACAAAAAUUAUUCUCCUUCCAUGGAUGAUAUUAAAACUUUCUUGCAGUCACAAUGUUCGUCAUUUUGGCAACCUAUUACCACAGUUGUUGUCCUUUAUCAUACAGGAAU